GCUGGUGCAACGUGGGCAGACGGCGACCUUAAUAGCACUUUGAAGGCACUUUAAAAUGCUAAAUAUGCAGCUAUCAGCGGUCAGGUUUUUUUUAGUUUAAACCUUUAGGAUUUGGACAAAGAAUCCCCCUACGAUCUCUACGAACUACCUUGGACUCAGUGAAACCUCCACAACUGGUGGAUUUUUCCUCGAACGCGUCUGAAGGGCAAGGAAGUGGCAUAUCAGUGAACGGAUCAGACAUUCGGUGACGCCUCGCGUCAAAAACACCUCUCAAAAACUCGGAUAUAACUGGAUUUUUGGAAAAACUCUAACCAAACAAAACAAAAAAUGCUCGCGUUUGCCAUUUUGGUCCUUUUGGGGACAGCUCUGGCAGUCAGCGGCGAUCGGCACAAGCUGUCUUACAUCUACACAGCCUUCUCCAAACCCGCAGUAUCCCCUGGCAUCCAUAAGUUCACUGCCAUGGGCAUGCUUGACAAUAAGAUCAUUGACUACUUUGACAGCACACAGCAAAAGAAAGUUCCCAGAACGUCCUGGAUGAAAGAGAGACUGGAAAAAGAAUAUUGGGACAAAGGCACAGUGUCCCGGAAGAGCAAGCAGCUUUGGUUCCAGGUCAACAUCGAAAUCCUGAUGGAGCGAAUGAGACAGAAUGACACAGAUUUACACAUCCUCCAGUGGAUGCAUGGCUGUGAGGCUGAAAAACAGGGUGAUGAUCUCAAGUUUGUCGAUGGCGUGCACAUGUACCAUUAUGAUGGAGAUGACUUCCUGUCGUUUGAUAAUAACGACCAAAUCUGGGUUGCCAAGACUGAUGCAGCAUUGUCCACCAAGAGGAAGUGGGACGAUGUCCCAGCCCUGAAAGAAUACACCAAGGGCUACCUGGAGAAGGAGUGCUUGGACUGGAUGGGCGCGUUCAUAGACUACGGGCAGUUGCAGCUGCUUAAUGCCAAGAAACCUGAGGUGUACGUGUUUGCACUCAAGGCCAAAUCUGAGACGAGUGUGAUUUUGAAAUGCCUGGCCACCGGCUUCUACCCAGAGGACAUUAUCCUGCGGAUCAGAAGGAACGGCCGGUCCCUCACUGCACGCGACGGGCUGGUCAGCUCUGGAGUUCGACCAAACGGGGACGAGACCUUUCAGAGGAGAGACUAUGUCGAGAUUUUGAAGUCCGACCAUUCCGAAUACAUCUGUGAAGUCAUACACGAGGCCUCUCGUGUGAAUGUUCCGAAGAAAUGGGAUUACAAGCCUCCUGCUGAAGCUCGAAACGGUGUCGUUACCGGUGGUGCUGUGGCUGGUGUACUUGUGUUGAUCGCAAUCGGGGGGAUUGUGCUCUUGUGUCUCUUGUAUAAAAAUGGGAUUAUCGGUAAGCGUUCUCCUUCUGUUCCCAGUAUCUCCAGCUCUGUCUCCACCAACAUUGACUCAGCUUUCGGUACUGAUGCCAGCAGCAACGCAAGCUCGUCUUCAAAGUCAAGUGAAGAAAAGGAAAGAGUCUCUGGGCCCGUAUAAUCUUACCUGCAGCCAAAAAUCUGAAGCCUCUUGAACCAGCACCAAUUCAUGGUGUCCAAAUUAAAGGACACAAAAACCAAAUUUCAACUGAAUAGUAGUUAACGUGGUUUUGUAGAAAUUCUUAGACUGGAUGAAAGUAAAAUUCAGUGUUAUCAUGGUAAUUUAACCA